UUAAUGCGAUGGUCAUUCAGGAAGAAUUUUUGUAAGCAUCGUAAAUACUGGAUAUCUUUCAUUCCAUUAUUCUAACGGCGAUGUCUAUCAUGUCUCAAACCGUAAAACAACUGGGAUCACCCCAUUGUCCAAAUAAUCCAGAAUUUCGAAGAAGUGAUGGGAAUUUUAACAGCUUAAACCAGAAAAGUGCCAAAUCUAUCAAACCUAGUUUGGAAUCUCGUCUUUCCCCGCGUGUGAAAGUUGGUGUGGAGUUAUCUAUUCUGAAAUCAAACUCCCCCAUGGCGAGGGAUAAUAGAUAUUUAGGGGGUCACUCUAGGGAGAGCUCCGAACUGUCAAACACUCCCCUUCCAUCCACCCCAUCAUUGACAGAUACGGAGUCUGAUUCUAAUGGAAUGUCUAACUCCAACUAUGACCAAAAGCAAAUGUCGGAGUCUAGCUCUCCCUCCAAAACCCCCGAGGAUGAGGGGUCGAAAUCGUGGGAGGAGUGGCAAAACCAGCUGCAUGCUUACGUAGCAUGGGUAAACUCGCAGCUGAAGAAGAAACCGGGAGUGCGACAGAUUGAGGACCUGAGGAACGAUAUGAGGGAUGGUGUAGCCAUAGCAGAGCUGAUUGAAAUUGUCUCUGGUGAACAUUUGAAUGGAAUUCACAAUUGUCCUUCCACAACGGCAGAAAUGAGGGAAAAUGUAGAUCGAGUGUUACAGUACAUGGCUGAAAAUCGAAUCCGCAUGCACCAUACAAAUGCUAAAGACAUUGUGGAGGGCAAGUUGAAAAGCAUCAUGAGACUGAUUUUGGCCUUGGCUGCUCAUUUCAAGCCCCAGUGUGUUAAACAUUCCACCCAUCAAAGGAGACCGUCUGGAUCUGCAAUGACUGGUCUUGUUCAGGGAGCAUCUGCAGCUUUGACAGAGGCCCGCAGAAAUGCUGCAAAAGCUGGUAAUAGCUUCAGGCGAAACAGACCACCCACCAACUAUGCUGAUCGGAGGAAAACCUAUCAUGGAAGUAGCUCUGACCAGUUAAGUGAUUCAGACCAAAGUUUUGGGGACCAAAGAAAAUCCCUCUUUGGCCGGGAUGAGGGGGACGGAGCCAGUGCUGACAAAAGCCCAAUUCCUAGUGCUCGAGUACCUAGUUCAGUGGCCCAGCAUCCUGCAGUCAGGGGCACACCCCUCUCCAAAAGUCAUUCCUCUGAUCAUAUAUCAGCAAAGGACAGUGGGACAGAAUUAGAGGACUCUGGGUCUAACUAUGUGGAACGCUCACAUUUUGAUGACCUAGUCUCUGAAUACAUGGAAGUGUAUGAUGAUAUGAAACAUACCAAAGAUGACUUACUCAAAUUACAAGACCUGUUAUUAUGUGGAGAGCCGCCAGAUGGUGAAGAGGGAGAUAAAUCUGUGAUUAUUGGGUCUAGUCCAGAGGAGCAAAUUGCAAUAUUAAAAAGUCAGUUACUACAAUCUACAAUAAUACAAAAUGAUUUACGAGAAGAUUUGUCUCGGACAAAGAAUGAAUGUAUGCUGCUACAGGGAAAUAAAGGAGGGUUACAGCAAAGAUUAUCAGAACAGGAUGAAACAAUCAGCCAACUGAAGCAGGAAAUCUUACGCAGAGAUUUUGACAAGCAGAAUUCAGAGUUAGAAAAGAUUGAAUUGAGGAAGAAUGUACAAGAGAGAGACAAAACCAUAUUAGAUCUUAAAAAAGACAUAGCAAGAAGGGACCAAAGAAUUGACCAACUUCAGAAUGAGCUACAAAUGCAGAUCCAGGAGAAAGAGUCGAUCACUAGAGCUCUAAAGCAAAAAAUCUCUGAACUACACGACCGACUGAGGGUGGUAGGGGAACAUGGGGCCAAUUUGAAGGCAAAAGUGGCAGUUCAAGACAAAAGAAUGGCAAAGUUGGAGGGAAAGAUUCUCUCUUCAUCAGAUAGAGAUUCCUCUGUGUCUUCACAAGGCAGUGUAGAUGACCAUCAGGUUGUGAGGGAUGCCCUGAACAGUUUACGGGUCAGCUUUAAAGGAGGGGAUCCACAACUCCAUACUCUGGAAACAUUAGAACAAAGUGUGUCAUCCCUCCUGGAGAAAAACCAUCAAAAUAACAGUACAUCAAGUAAUGGAAGUCACCAGAAUUCUUACACCAAUAAUUCUUCACGGAGAAUCAAUUUUGACUCCACUGGUGACGUUAGGCGAUCACCUAUCACAGCUAUACCAGGUAGUACAAGUUUCUCUGUCAAUCAGUUAGAUGGACCACCAAAUGGGAAUAUCGGUAAAAGCCAAAACUCCACUAAAGUGCUAUAUUUCACAGACAAGACUGUCAAUCCAUGCAUGUGUACAAUCCAUAAAAGACUAGGGGAAAUAACUCUUAAAGAUUUCAAAAAAAUCCAUGAUAAGAACGUGGGGAACUAUCGUUAUUCCUUCAAAGCUCUGGAUCCGGAGUUUGGGACAGUGAAAGAGGAAGUGAUGAAUGACGAUGACAUCAUUCCAGGAUGGGAGGGCAAAAUUGUGGCGUGGAUUGAAGAAGACACAGGAUAGCAUCGGAAAAUAAACCAAUCAUAACCAGCUUAGCUUGCCUGUCCCAUGUGAUACCUCAGUUCAGUUUCCCUCCCAGUUGCUCUUAUUUGUUGACAUUUUGAAAUUUGUUACUAGUUUGUCGUUUUGCCUUUGAGCAAGAAGUGCUCUUGAAUCUGGUUCAUUUUCUUAAUAGUAUUUUGCAGUCAGUAGAAUAUUUCAGAUCCUGUAUGAGGCCAGUGCUUCCAAAGUAGGAUUUAUGUCUCAGAAAGAUCUGAAUUUCAUUUUUUUUAUGUACAAUUAGCUAGAUCUGAUAUCAAUGAAAAUCGGAUGAUGUUCCUUAUUUUUCAAUUUGAGUGAUACAGGUAUACAUGUAUAGACAUUUGUAAAAUGUAGAACAACAUUUUGUUUAUAUGGGCAGUGAUAUUUAUUCUUUUUCCGGGUAUUGGACAUAUUGGAUAUGUCUUGUUUUUGUGCAAUAGUUUUGGCAUAUAAAUGUAAAGGCAGUGUACAGAAGUAUAUGUUGAUAUCUGAUGAUAUCUACAUUGCACCAUUUUGAAGUGUUUAGUAAUAUACAUUGAUAUAUAUAUAGUCAUUUUGGAAGUUUGCAAAUUCCUGUCUCUCUACUUACUUUCAGUUAACUUUUUAUUGAUAAUUAUUUAUUCUCCUCUCCUAACUUUUUAUUGAUAAUUAUUUAUUCUCCUCUCCUAACUUUUUAUUGAUAAUUAUUUAUUCUCCUCUCCUUUUAUUUCUCUGUUCUACUAAAGAUCUGUGAUAAAUCUUAGACAUACCUUUUUUUGUGCUCAAAUUUAUUUUUACAUUCUUGUGUAUCUUCUCUGUUGCUCUCAGAGAUUUGAUAGGUGUGUGUGUGUAAUAUUAUAAAUAAGGGGAGCUACACUGUUGUCCAGUA